AUGCAGGCAUCCCCCCCUCGCCGUUCUUCCUCACGCUCUGUGUCUUUGCUCGCUCCUUCCCUAGCUGCGCAUGCAAACGGUCGGACGACGAGUGUCUCCUCUGCGGGGGCGUCCUCGCGCUCCGCAGGCCCUCGGGAGACUCCGACGCCGAGAUGGCGCGAGAGGCACGGAGACAGGAAGGUCGGACCGGCGCGACAGAAACGAGGAAGAGCGGAGAGAGAGGAGAAGACGAAGAACAAACUCGAGCAGCAAGCCGUUCUCCGGCUGCUCCCUCGGGCUGGCGGGCACGCCGAGAGUCGCGGAAAGAAGAAGCGAGGCCUUGCGCUCCACCGCGAUCUGCUGCGACAGGUCCAGGCAGAGAAGGAAGCUGCCAAACGCCCCAAGAGACGCUUGGCUGUCUGGCGUUCACGCCCGGCGAGCUGGCUCUUGACCGCAUCGUCUAACCACGAAGCAGCCUCCGCGAGUCGCGAGCUCGUCUACGUCUCCAUCAGUGGAGCUGUCAUCCCGCCGCCGCUCUGUUUUCGAGUUGCGAAGGAGGAGAAGCGCCUGCUGAAGGCCUACGGCAUCACAGAUCGCCCUGACUGCUCCAGCGCCAUCUGGUACCCAGACAGGCUUCCGCUGUACAGACGCCUGCGCCUUCAGGCGUCGUCUUGUGCAGAGGCGGAAGGGCGUGUUUCUAUUCCCGAAACGCCUCGGCCUGCGCGCGCUACCGCAUCUUUCGCCUCAGAGCGUCCAUCGGCCUCGGCCUCGCCCCCGAGCUCGGACGCAUGCAGUUUCGCUUUCUGGUGCUUGCCACCGUCUCUCAUCGAAGCCCUCGCGAUCCGCGGGAUUACCCGUCUCUACUCCUGGCAGGCAGAAUGCCUGUUGCGCGCUCUUCCGUUCUUCGCAAGACCGACUUGUCGACCGCCCCGUGCACCGCCUUCCUCCCUUUCCGUCCCACCUGCAGCUUCGCCGUCUUCGUCUGUCGCCGAGACGUUCGCCAAGCUUGGUCCUGGUCGCGACAGGAAGCGAGGCAGAUGCGCAGAAGAGGACACAGAUGGGGACAGCGAGGCGGAAGGAGCAAGCAACGAAGACAAGAGAAGGCGCGAAGUUCGGGAGGCCCAGGAGGAAAGAGAGGAACGCCCGACACCAAGCCGCCUCGGAAGCCGGAAACGGGACGACGGCGAAAGUGAGGACGAAAUCCCUUCCUGUCGUUCCUCGCCUUCCACUGCCGAGACGGUUCUUGCAGAUGACGAGGUCAUCGACGAGGCAGACGGGGAAGGCGAACGGGAAGACGAAACGGAAGAACAAACGACAAACGACGAAGCAGGGAGCGGCGAGGAAGUGGCGGACGAACACGCGGACGAAGGAGAGGAAGCGCUCUACUCUUUCAACAGACAAACAGAGACGCCAACAGAGGGCUGUCUCACCGGACGGUCUCUGGUUUACUGUGCACCUACAUCUGGAGGGAAGUCUCUGGUAGCAGAUCUGAUAAUGGUUCUUCGGUGUCUCUUUGCUGGCAAGCGGUGUAUGUACAUCGUUCCUCACGUCUCCCUUUGCCGCGAAAAGUCCGACUUCCUCCACAACCUUCUUUUUCCGUCCCUCUGUCUCCGCGUCCAGGCCUUCAAUGCCUCGGCUGCAUCUGCUUCCAGUUGGUUUUCCGGCAUCGACAUCGCCGUCUGCACUCUCGAACAGGCCAACAACAUCCUCAACCGACUGCUCCAGGACGCAGGCCCGAUCGCUCGCGCGCACCGUGGGUGUUUUGCGCGCCUUCUCGAGGAGACGGAACAGGCGUGUCGGAGAAUGCAGUCUCCACAGACAGCCGAGCGUCCGCCCGAAGGCGACGAAGCCGCUAAAGCACUCAGUCGCCACUUCGCGUCGCUCUCGGGCCUUCUCCUUCAGGACAUUGGCGUCGUUGUCGUGGACGAGUUCCACACGCUCGGCGAGAAAGCGAGGGGUCACCUAGUCGAGCUCGUGUUGAUGAAGAUCCAGUUCCUCAACCGGUUUCUUCUCCAAAACAUUCAAGUCGUCGCCAUGUCCGCGACGCUUCCCAAUGCUCACGAGCUGGCUGAGUGGCUGAACGCCGAGAUUUUCACGACGGCUCUCCGCCCCCUGCCUCUCGACUAUUUCCUCAAAUGCGAAGGCGCGGUUUACCGCUCAGCUGUGACCUACCUUCCUGUUCUUGCCUCCUCCGACUCCUCACCUGCUUCUGCGUCGACUGCUUCUUCGUCAGCUCCUGUCUUAGCUGGGCCAGGAAAAGGGAGACUUCUCAUCGAUGAGGAUCACCUGGGAUACCUCGUGUGGGAAUCGGUCAGAGAAGCGAAGUCUGUGAUUGUUUUCUGCGCCACCAAGGCGUGGUGCGGUCGAUCGGCAGGCUUCCUCGCAAGCCGACUUCCGAUGUAUCGUCUCCUGGCUGCGGCUGCCUGGCUCUUAACGCCAGCUGCUGCUUCGCGUCUCGACGAAUUGCGUGGUUCCUCUCGCGCUACGCUGCCUCUCUCGUCUUGUGCCUCGGAGCUAAUCUUGCCUUUCGAGGGGGAGAGAAAGAGGGCGGUCAUCGCGACGGAAUCUCUCGGCGCGUCUCCGCGUCAGGAGGCGACUUGCGACGGCGUGCCCACCGAAGGCGGCUCUGCCUCUUCGCGUGCUUCCUCGGAGGACGUCUUUGCGUCGCUCUCGCAGCCGCUUCUUGCGGACCUUCUCCUCUUCGCGCCGCCUCUCUUUGUUUCGCCCGCAGUGCGACAAGGCAGAGAGGAACUCAUCAACCUGCUUCGAGACGCAAACCCCGAGGGCGUGCGGUGCCAAGUCCAGGAGACAGCGAUCAGAGAAGGCGUUGCCUACCAUCACGCAGGCUUAGAUGGGCUCGCGCGAACAGCCAUCGAAGUCGCUUUCCAGCAGGGCGUUCUCUCCGUUUUGUGUGCGACCUCGACUCUGGCGGUGGGAGUCAACCUACCCGCUGCGCGCGUCAUCCUCAGAUCCCCGGAGAUUGGCCACGAGGCUCUCGACGUCGCGCGCUUCAGACAAAUGGCCGGUCGCGCGGGCCGCACGGGCUACACAGAACGCGGAGAGGCGUUCCUGUUUUGCUCAUCCAAGCAACUCCCCGCCUGUCUCGCUUUGAUCUCGGGUGCUCCACUGGCAUCUUCCUCUCUCUCCCCGAACGCCGCGCUCGCCUUCCCCCCGCCUCGCCGAGAUGCCCUUGAAAGCGAACCGCAACGUGACCGAUCUUUUUUCUCCUCCAAACUGCAUGCGCAGAAAGGCGACGCCUGUUCGACGGCAGUCCCGGCGGCCGUCCCCGCACCUCCGCGCGUUCUUGCUCAGGACCGAGGAGACAGUUUCUCGUCAGGUUCCAUUCGUUCUCAGCUCGAAGGCCUUCACCUGUGUCGCGCCUUGCUGGAAGGCUGCGAGGCGCUUCUGCCGCUCUCUCUCCUGCUGCCGUCGAGGUUUCUCCUGAGGCGGCAAAGAGGCGCGGCGCAGCCCCGACCUGCACGCGUUUGCCAGCCUCAGGUCGCCGGAGACGGUGAGCAAGACGUUCAGAACAAACACAGAAACUCGUGCGACGAUGGCUUGUCUCUCUCGUGGACCACCCGCAACGUGUUCGGGCUUGCCGAGAGAGUCGCAGUCCCGCACCUUGUCCGCCUUUGCACGUUUCGCGGCAAGCAGGUCCCGAGAGAGCAGAUGGAAAGCGAAAUGCAUGCAUGCGUGGCCUAUCUCCACGAGAAUUUCCUUCUUGAGACCCGCAGCAGUGCAGCUCUCGGCUCUGCGGGGGGAGCCGCGAGGGCCGCGGACGCUGGCGGAUUUUCCAUUCCAGCGGACCGUGGGGAGGCUGAGACUCACAAGGGAGAAGAACGCAUGCAUGCAGUCUGUGGCGCGAACUCACACGGAGUGCUUGGGAAAGAACAGGAAGACGAGACAGUCGAGCGGCGUCUCGGGAAGCAGAGCAGCAUGGGCCUUCCGCCGGGUCCGACGACGGCGAGGGGGGGCACUCGAGACGCGAAAGAGGACGAGCGUUUGCAGGGAUGGCCAAGACUCGGCGGGUGCAUGCGUCGGAGAUUUGCUUCUUUUCUGCGGCGCGAACUCGCAGAGAAACACAGUCUUUAUGCCGCAGCGGUCGAAAAAACCCGCCGCGCGCAGCGGGAUCUCCAGGCGUUCCCAGCGUCUCCCCAUGAGGCGUCUAUCCACCGGAAAUGCGCCCAGGGAAACCCCGAGGUCGUGCGCGUGGAACCCGCGGGAUUCCGCAUCGCGGCCGUGGCCUCGCCAUUGACGAAGGCGUCGCCUUUGUCUUUGGCUGAAUCGACUUUCCACAAACACGAGGUCGCCCACCUUCCGUCACCUGUCUCGCGUCCUUCCUGCGAGUCCCCAGUCUCGCGUGGUUCGUCCUCACCUGUGGGUGUUGCUCUUUCCCCGUCUUCGCUGUCUCCGUGUACAGCGUCGCUCGCUUCCUCCGAUGCGACGUCUCGGAUUUCUGCCGAUGAAACGCGCGUACAGCAGAGACGCGCGCUCGAACAGGCCUACGCCCAAACAGCCCGCCACGCGGACCUGAUGAAGCGACAGUUUCUGCUUUUUUCCCGGACGCACCGCAGCCUUGCAUGCACGCUGCAGAGAAUGCCGCACCUUCGAUCUCCUGUCUUGCUCCUCUGCUUCUUUCUCCACGAACUCGCCGAGCCUUCCUCGUCCUUCUGCCCCUCUGCGUCGCUCUUGCGGAGCGGCGCCUGUUCGCAAAAAAAGGUCGCAGCUCUCUGCAGGCGCACCGCCGGCGCGAGCGUCGCGGGUGUCCCCUCAACCUUCGCUUCGGAGUCGGGAGGCAAAAACGCGGAAGGCGAGAAGGCCGCGACGAGAGCCGAAACCGAAGAGACACGCGCCGCGAAGGAAGAAACGGAAACCGCGGAGGAAGCGAAGGCGACAAGCGGGGAAAAACAGGUGGCGAAGGCCGAGGCCAAAGUGGCGAGUUCUCCCACCCCUCGGUCGGAGUGGACUCCCGCAGGCGACGCAGUGCAACGGGUGCAUGAAGAGAAAGGUUUGACGAAAACUGUCGCUCUUACCUCGCCUCCUGCGAGCCGUGGACCAGGCGGAAGGGAGGACGCAGGCGACGGCGUUGAGGCCGGGACGGUGCCUGCUGUCGUGUCAGGACAGAAACACCCCAAACAGACAGCGAGCGGGAAAGAGGACUGCCAGCCUUCAAACGUCACGCAGAUUCGACGCGGAAGCACAGCUUUGACAGCGGCUCUCGCCCAACAUGCAAAGGACGAAUUUGUGUGCGCAGUCUCGCGAUCUUUUCGUCUCCCGCGAACUCUUUUUCUCAAACUACAAGUCGCUUUCUGUCACCCUGAUCAGGCCUCUCUGCCUGUACCUUCCUCUCCUCUCCCCUCGUUCGGUUCUUUGUCGUCGCUUCCCCCUCCGUCCUCGCCUCCCUCGCCUUCUCGUUCGUCUCCUUUUCCCCAUUCGCCGUGUCCUUCCUCUCCUCCUGCGUGUUCUGCCUCGUCCUCUCCUUCCUCGCUUUGUGUGAGUGCUUCGAUUUUCCCUCUCCGCGAUCGAUCGCCUGGCGAUGUUCGGGAAGGAAACGGCGGGCGGGCGACUCCGCGGCUGCUGCCGGCCUCGCAGGCUCCUCCUGGAAACGAUCGAAAGGCGGGCGGGAACCCGGAAGGCGCCUGUCGAGCAAAUACCAAACGCUGGAGACAAAACGCCUUCAUCGCGUGCACCUACUUGGGGUCCGCAGCCGUCGAGACGGGCGUGCAUCCCUGGGAAGCUCUCGAGGCCUUCGCGGAUCUCUACAAGGCGGUUCACCAGGGUGAGCGACGCGAGGCCGGUAUCGGCGAGGCCCUGUCGACAGGUGGCGCGACGGCUGCUGCACAUGCACUUCAUCAAACCCACCGACUCCUCCUCGAAGAUCGCGUCUCCUUCCAGUGCAUGCAGAACGCCCGACUGCUGCUGUCUCAUCGGCGCUUCUUCGUCGCGCUGCAGCUCUUUGAGGUUGUCUCCCGCGACGCGACGCUCUCGCGGGUUGCAGAAAGUGCAUGCACCGACGGCUCGAAUUGGUCGUGCAGAUUUGCGACGACACCGGCCGCCGUCCAGAUGACUCUCUCCCAGGCCGCGCUCUUUGCAGCAACAAUGUCGAAAUUUGUGAUGAACAUGCCGUCUCAAAUCGCAUCUCUCAGCGAGGUGUUCUCACAGCUGUCAGAAAAACUCCAUCUCGUUUCCUUCACCGCCUGGUCACGCUCUUCCCUGUCUUCCUCUCCUCCCUCGAUCUCUUCUCCCUCUUUGGCCUCUUCUGGCGCCUCUCUGAGCGCUCCCUUCUUCCCCCCAGUCGCCCCGGUUGUCGGCUUUGAAGGGGUACGACGCCCUGCUUCUCCCUCUUCUUCUCCCUCUUCUUCUCUAUCUUCUUCUCGUCUGUCUUCUGGACUUCUUGCUGGUGUCUCGACAGCUCUUUCUCACCUGAGCAAGAAGCCGCUUUCUCUCCCGAAAGAGGUGCUGGAGUUGCGUUCGCGUUUUUCGGCGAGCCUGUCCAUGCGGCAAGCAUUGGCGCUCGUCGGCGCGGGGCUGGGGACGCCCGAGUUGAUCGCUAAGGCUCCGCUGGGAAAGGUAUUCAAGGCCCUCGAAGCAACAGAGGCGGCAGAUAUUUCCCUCGGCGAUGGCAGCGAAGCUGGCGGCGGUCGCCCGAGUCUCGCUGCUCCGCGCGAUCAAGUGUGGCGCAUGCAGAGAAUGCGAAGCGAUGCCAAACGCCUCACGGCUGCGGGGAAGAUCAAAAUGGAAGCGCGGCAGAUUCUCAGGGAAGAGCUCCAGCGGCGCGAAGACGAAGCGUAUCAACACCAGCUGCUGGCUUCUCGGCACGCCCGUCCUUCCACAAAGCACAAGACUUCGGCCUUUCCUUCCUUUCGGCCGUCGUCCUCGUCUCCUCCUCCGUCGCUUUCUUCUGCUGCGCGAGGACCGCUCUCUGGGAUGUCUGUGGGCGGCGACGGGGCAGAUGAGGAAGGAGAACGAGGAGCGGAAGCGAGGAGAGGGGUUGCAUGCAAUCGAGACCGAGGAAGAGGCGCUGUCAACCAUCGGUGCGGGGUGCACUGGCGAGUUGAGAACGAUCCGAGAGAGCGUGAGAGAGGCGAGACGUUUUUGUCGAAGAAACGCUGCACGGAGAAUGCCUCGCCGAGGAGGCGGAAGAGCCACGGCGAAGGGAAACAGAGGCCAGCUCAAGUUGCACAUCCAGCGUUUCUUCAGAGGGGAACGACCGGCUUCAGCUUUCGUCGAAGAGACCGCGGCAAGGGAACCCCAGACACAGAGGGAAACGCAGGUGUACAGACAACAGCGGGAGCCGACCUUUGUCGCGAGGGACGCGCGAAACUCAAACCCAGCGAAAGAAGAGAGGCAGCAGCCGAUGGAGACGAAGAUACAUAUGAUGAAACAGAGAGCGGUAGUGAUAAAGAAAGUGAUCGUGAUGAAGAUAGUGAUCGUGAUGAGGAUAGGGAUCUUCAUGAAGAUAGCGAUGAAAGUAGCGACACUGAUGAAAGUAGCGACACGGAUGAAGAAAGUGAAGAAGAAAGUGAUGACGAGGGUGACGCGUCUCAGAGCGAUUCCUCAAUAGACGAGGAUUUCUGA